AAUAUAUAGAAGCUGAGAGAACACGACGCGCAUACUUAUCCGUGGCAGUUGACCGAAUUCCUCUACAGGUCAAUUAUGACUUCUGCAAAGAGUUUGAGUUCCACCGUCAAGCUGAAUGAUGGGGUGUCUAUGCCCUUAUUUGGACUGGGGACGUACCUCUUGAAACCAGGGGUGGGAGGAGAGGCGGAGCUAGCUGUAAAACACGCCCUGAAAGUCGGAUAUAGGAUGAUUGACACAGCAGAGUUCUACGGUAACGAGGCUGAUGUGGGACGAGCUAUCCGUGAGUCUGGAGUGAAGAGAGAGGAUAUUUUUUUGGUCAGCAAGAUCUGGGAUCACGGAUAUGACCAGUGCAGGAAAACGGUCCAGAACGCUCUCAACAAGAUGGAACUGGGUUAUAUUGAUCUUUACCUUAUUCAUACGCCGCUAGGUGGUCAAAAUUGCGACACCUACCGGGCGAUGAUGGAAUUCAAAGAACAAGGUCUUAUCAAAUCUUGUGGGGUUUCAAACUUUGGCGUCCACCACUUGGAAGGUUUGAAAGAGGCGGGGCUUCCUACGCCAUCUGUCAAUCAGCUAGAGCUCCACCCAUGGCAACAGAAAGCUGACAUCGCUAGUUACUGUCAGAACAAUGAGAUCACUCUCAUGGGUUACAGCCCUUUGACAAAAGGUCAAAGGUUACAAGAACCAAGCCUGGUUGACAUUGCCAAAAAGUAUAACAAAAGCCCAGCCGCUCUCCUGUUACGGUGGAGUGUCCAGAGAGGAAUAGUCACAAUCCCCAAAUCAGGAAAUCUUGACCGAAUCACGGAGAAUGCGCAAGUGUUUGAUUGGUCAAUUAGUGUGGACGAUAUGAAUAAACUGAAUUCCUUCCCCCAGUGGUCCUGCACGUGGAACCCGACGACCAGUCCCUGGCAGGGGUAGUGCGGACUCGAACAAACAUCAUGUACCACGACAUCAAAUCUUUUUUCACCUUUCGGGACGGGUGACCAGUUGUGAUACCCCUGUCGUUGAAUGUUCUGUAUUUCUAAUCAAAUGAUCAACUCACGGGGCUAAGCUGUAUCCACUGGUUAACUGAGCUACAUUUUAAUCAAUUCAUGAGGGUUGAAGAAAAUAGAUGUUUUUAUUGUGCGAACAUGUCUUAAUAGAUCACAUGCAACAUGACACAGGACAUAGGUCUGUGUUAGAUCCGCUCGUACAGAAGAAUAACUGCAAGUGCAUUGUGGGAAUGAAUACUUUGAGCCCUCCAGGUAGAGAAUAUUAAACAAAAAUAAUGAAUUUAGUUAACUGGUAUAAGCCUGAACGGUAUAAACAAUUUCUUACAACACAACACAUUCAGUGCUGGAGAAGAAUUCAUUCCGUGCAGAAUGCGGACCCCAAAUAUCAAAUGCUGGAAGAGAUAUAAAAGUGGAAAGAGCGCAAAUAUUCAGGCCCUGUUCCACAAAACCAUUUUGGGCGAAACUUUAAUCUCCGUUACAUACGUAAGUAAAUACGUAAGCUAAAUGGACACUCAAACAUAUCUGAAACUGUACUAUAC